AUGCGUUUCACCGGCAUCACCGCAAUCUUCCUCGCCGCUCUCGUGACCGACCACGUUCACGCCAAUGAGCGCUGCACCAACCAGCUCACCAACGACUGGUCCCGUCGCUACGAGGCUUGGUCCAACUCCUGGGUCCCCAAUGCCGAUGAAGUCUGCGGCAAUCUCUGGUCUAACCUCGGUCAAUAUCCAGAGUGUGCUGGCGUCAGCGAUCAGUACUGCGGCUACGACAACAGCGGCUCUUCGCUCGUCUGGGCGUUUACCACUGGAAGUGGUUGUGAGGCGCGAUCCGUCAUGGAUUCUUGGUAUUGGGCUACUAAGAACCAGUGGGGCAACAUUGAUUGCAGACAAGGAUAG